AGCCAAACAACUUUGCAUGUUCAAUGUUCCAUCAACACACCGACAUUACACUUUUCACAAGCAAUUCGGCGUGUAUACAAUGUGAUUCACUGUAGCAAUUCUUCAUCAUGAAAAGAGCGGCAUCUCAAGAGUUGGAGGACCCUCCUCUCCCCAAGAAGGGUCGGACUGCUGCUCCCGCUGUUCUCCCUGAAGAUGCCGGCCUCAAGCUCGAGCUAAAUGAAGAUAUCUCUGAUACCGAGUCUCAUUAUACCGAGUCCCCCUCUGCAGGUCCCGCAGACACGCCUCUUACACCCCUCAGCCCUGCUCGAAAGUGGCCUUCCGACCUCAAGACAAUCAAGUGUACUUAUCCCGACUGUAACAAAACAUUCAACCGUCCUGCCCGUCUCGCCGCUCACCUCAGGUCACACAAUAACGAGCGCCCAUUCGUCUGCCCUUAUCCUGACUGUGACAAGAAUUACAUAGAAGAAAAGCAUCUCAAGCAACAUAUCAAGGGGUCGCAUACGGCCGAGAGAGAUCAUAUCUGUACCUAUGAAGGUUGUGGUAAAAAGUUUAUGACCGCUACUCGUCUCCGGAGACAUCAGCUGGUUCAUGAAGGCCAGGAGCGAUUCAAAUGCCGCGACUUUCCCCCCUGCAACCAGAGCUUCCGUAAGCAUCAGACAUUGCAACGUCAUAUCCGAACCGAACAUCAACACAAGCCAGCAUUUCAGUGCAGCCAAACAUUAGACGAAUCGGGGUCCCUUUGUGGGCAGGGGUUUGACACGGCUGGUGCCCUGAGGAGACACCAGGAACGGGACCAUGGUGAGAACCGGUUUUGGUGUGAGGAGUGCGCUACCCAGCCUGACGAGACUGGUAACCCAAGACGGGUGGGAUUUCCUACACUUGUUCUUCUGCAGGCCCAUAUGAAAACGUCUCAUAUCAAGUGUAUGUUUUGUGGAGAGUCGUGUAAUGGAAGGGAAGACUUGGAUAGGCAUAUUGAGUCGGACCAUGCCAACCGCAAGACUGUCGAGGAACGCAAGACUAUUGCCUGCACAUGGCCAGGAUGCACCAAGACCUUUACUAGGACGUCCAACAUGUAUGUGCACAUCCGUAGUGCACAUGAGGGCGCUCGUACUUUUGUGUGUGGCGAAUUCGAUUUAAGCAAAACAGCAGACUUGGCGACGUGGUCAAACUCUCAAGGCUGUGGGCAAGCCUUCGCUCUCAAAGCCGCACUAGAGAAGCAUGUGCGUUAUGUACACUUGAUGCAUGACAGACCGCAGCAAAACCUACCAGGGGCUUCUAUAUCACCACAAGCGCACGCCGACCCGACUAUGCUGGAACAGCUAACUGGCGUUGGCGAGAAAUCACGGGCAACACUGCCUUGCACAUUUUCGGGUUGCCAUACGAAAUUCACCUACAGUGGUGAGCUAGAGGCUCAUAUUCAGAAAGAGCAUCAAAUAGAGCAAGCACUUCUUGACGGACUCGAAGAUUUUGGCACCAAGACGGAGCCAUCGUCUGCCUUGCGCGACGUUACCCAGGGAAUAACGGAGUGGGAAGCGGAUUAUGGUGGGGAGGAUUUUUGGGUUGGGGCCGAUAUGACUCUGAUGGCGUUGAAUGCCGACAACGCGGGCAUCGACGAGGAAUGGCUUCGAGACGAGGCCGAGAUGAGAAAACUCAUUGGACCGGAUGAGCUUAAUGGCUUGAUUGACCCGUCACUAGGAUGAUCAAUUAUCUCUAUGAGCCCUAUGUACAUAUAUGCUAUAAAACGUUGCAUGAUACCCUUUGCUUUAGAAUGAAGAAUACGAGACUAUGACA